GCAUAGGCGUAGUCUAUUCAAAACCCUGACGACUGGCUGUGCGGAGCUGAAGAUUGAACUUGCUGGUUUAGCCUGUACAGUUUUUGCAGAGAUUUUUGAACGGUGCUGGAUUUACACUGAAACUGCAGUCCGAAAAUAUGGUGUUGAAAGCUGUUUGCGUUCUGAAGGGCACCGGCGACGUCUGUGGAACGGUGCAUUUUGUGCAAGAAAAGGAGGCUGGACCAGUGAAGUUAACGGGGCAAAUAACAGGUUUAACUCCUGGAGAGCAUGGCUUUCACGUCCAUGCAUUUGGAGACAACACCAAUGGUUGUGCGAGUGCUGGUCCUCACUUCAACCCACUUGGCAAAACCCAUGGUGCGCCGCAAGAUGAAAUUAGGCAUAUAGGAGAUCUUGGUAAUGUAAUAGCUGGAGAUGAUAAGGUGGCAAUUAUUAAUAUCGAGGACAAACUUAUAACUCUAUCAGGAGCUUAUUCAAUCAUAGGUCGAACUAUGGUGGAAAUCUCUUACUGCUUCACAUCUUAGGUCAAAGCAUCUUGCUGGCUGCAAAACAUGUCAGUCAUUGGGGGAAGCAGGUGGUUGGUUACUGACAGGAAUGAAGGGCCUGAAGUGGUGGGGAAAAUUGGACUUUUCCGAAGAAAUGACCAAGAAAGUACAAACUGUCAGAAAGCAAUGCUUGCAAACAGAUUUAUUUAACAACCAGAUAUCACUUUUUUCAAAAUGAAAAUACAUAUUUGCUCAUGUGUUUCUUUCAAUUUAGCAAAUGAUUGUGUUUUGUUAUAAUCACUUGAAACACUCGUGGGAGGGAUUGUUUUGUUUUUUCUUUGUUCUUUAGCUUCUCAGGUGUGACAAGACAUGAAGUGAUAAAAAUACUAUUUUGAAAGGUUGAGUAAAUAACACGCAGGAUCAGUAAAAAACGAUUUUGAAUAAUUAAACCUGAAACAACAAUAGCAUAGUCUCCAUCAUCAAUUGUGCAUAUGUACACUUGAGUGGAAAAUGUUUGAAUGCACAUUUGUAUAGUCCGUGGUUUUGAAUUCCAAACACAUUCCCUCCUCUCUAUAUAUGAUAGUAGAAGCUCACGAAAGUGGGUAGCGGUGUGCUAAGCCUAAAAAUAAUUGGACAUUACUAAAUUGGUGAGAAAACAAUAAAAAUAAUUGGCAACCAGUAAAUUAAAAAAAAAUAAAUAAAUAAAAAA